UGCGGACUCGGCCUUCCAGACCCCGCGCCGGCCGCGGCGGUUUGCAGCUCCCUGACAGCUGCCCGGCCGGCGCACGCAGCCGCGUCCCGUGCCUCCACGUUACCCUAUCAGAGGCGGGGCGGGGCGGCGGGCCCCGCAGCCAAUCAGCGCGAACCACGAUCCCGGCGAGCCCAGUAGAAGAGCGGCCUGGAGGGCGCUGAUUGGUGAGCUGCCACGGCGGAGGCGGAGUCCAUGCCGGGCCCCGCCCACCCCCGCGUUCCUUCGUGUCGGGCGCCAGCCGCCGCGGAGGCCUGAAGCGGAGCGGACGGCGGGAGCGCGGCUGCAGCCGGAGCCGGCGGGGGCUGCUGGGCCCCGCACCCUUGCGCCUCCUCACCGCCCGCGCGCUCGGACAUGGUGGCCCCCGGCGCCGUGACCCGCCGGCUGGGCUCGGUGUUCCCCUUCCUGCUGGUGCUGGUGGACCUGCAGUACGAAGGUGCUGAAUGUGGAGUCAAUGCAGAUGUCGACAAACACCUUGAACUGGGCAAGAAGUUACUUGCAGCUGGACAGCUCGCUGAUGCUUUAUCUCAGUUUCAUGCUGCAGUAGAUGGUGACCCUGAUAACUAUAUUGCUUACUAUCGGAGAGCUACUGUCUUUUUAGCUAUGGGCAAAUUAAAAGCAGCACUUCCUGAUUUAAGUAAAGUGAUUGAAUUGAAGAUGGAUUUCAUUGCAGCCAGGUUACAAAGAGGUCACUUAUUACUCAAACAAGGAAAACUUGAUGAAGCAGAAGAGGAUUUUAAAAAAGUGCUCAACUCAAAUCCGAGCGAACAGGAAAAAAAGGAAGCCCAGUCCCAACUUAAUAAAUGUCAUGAAAUGCAGCGCUUGGAUUCAGAAGCCCUUGAUGCUUUUGAAAACAAAGACUUUGCUGCUGCUAUAACCUUCCUUGAUAAGAUGUUAGAGGUUUGUGUUUGGGAUGCAGAAAAGAGGGAAAUUCGAGCUGAAUGUUUCAUAAGAGAAGGGGAACCUAGGAAAGCAAUCAGUGACCUGAAAGCUGCAUCUAAACUGAAGAACGACAACACGGAGGCUUUUUAUAAGAUCAGUCUGCUGUACUAUCAACUAGGAGACCACGAGUUGUCCCUGAGUGAGGUUCGUGAAUGUCUUAAACUUGACCAGGAUCAUAAAAGGUGUUUUGCACAUUACAAACAAGUAAAGAAACUUAACAAGCUGAUUGGGUCAGCUGAAGAGCUCAUCAGAGAUGGCAGAUACACAGAUGCAAUCAGCAAAUAUGAAUCAGUCAUGAAAACAGAGCCAAGCAUUGCUGAAUAUACAGUUCGUUCAAAAGAAAGGAUUUGCCACUGCUUUUCUAAGGAUGAGAUACCCAGUGAGGCCAUCCGAGUUUGUUCAGAGGUUUUGAAGGAGGAGCCUGACAAUGUGAAUGCUCUGAAAGACCGAGCAGAAGCCUACUUGUUAGAAGAAAUGUAUGAUGAAGCUAUUCAGGAUUAUGAAACUGCUCAGGAGCACAAUGAAAAUGACCAGCAGGUUCGGGAAGGUCUAGAAAAAGCACAGAGGCUAUUGAAACAGUCACAGAAACGAGAUUACUACAAAAUCUUGGGAGUAAAAAGAAAUGCCAAAAAGCAGGAGAUCAUCAAAGCAUACAGAAAACUGGCUCUGCAGUGGCACCCGGAUAACUUCCAGAACGAAGAGGAAAAGAAGAAAGCUGAGAAAAAGUUCAUUGACAUAGCAGCAGCUAAAGAAGUCCUCUCUGACCCAGAAAUGAGGAAGAAAUUCGAUGAUGGAGAAGAUCCCCUGGACGCCGAGAGCCAGCAGGGUGGCGGUGGCAACCCUUUCCACAGAAGCUGGAACUCAUGGCAAGGGUUCAAUCCCUUCAGCUCAGGCGGACCUUUCCGAUUUAAAUUCCACUUCAAUUAAACUGUUCUACUGCU